AUGAACACUGUCCGUAUAUACGCGGAUUAUGCGGACGACGCGGACGAUACGGAGCCUCCGCCUCACAAUGCACCAACCGCCACAAAAGACGCAGAUAAAACACGAAAGGUCUCCAUGGCAGAGUUGUUUCCUGGAUGUGCUCUUUACGAUCAGACCACUCUCAAGGCUGUUUGCCCUAAAACCAGGUACCAGCGGGAGUUCAGACAAUACAAUCUUACAAAACGAUACAAAUGUUGUGAACUUUUGUGA